UAAAUCCCGCGAAAGUCCGGCGAGGUCUUGUAAGAGAAACGACGCCUUCUUCUUCUUCCCUGACCCUGAUCCGAUGGUGAAGGGGCUGCACGGCCAAAACCUCCCCGCCGAUGUCACUCAGGUCAUUGAUCAGUUGGAACGCCACUGCUUGGCUCCCGAUGGAUCUCUCAUCUCCAAGCCAUUAUACAACGAUCUCCAAGUGGCGAGAGAGGAAAUGUGCAGGGAAAGACUGAGGUACCUGGAAGCCAUGGCAAUUUACUCUGAGGCCAUUGCAAUGGUUGAGGAGUAUCAGCAAGCCAUUUCUGUGGCUAAUCUUGGAGGAAUUAGAGAUACAGCCGGUCUAUAUCCACAACUUGGAUUGAAGAACUCCCCUCAGGUCUAUGAGACUUUAGAGCAUCGAAUGGUUGUGGCUGAAGCAGCUCAAAGACUGAGGCUUCCUCUUCUCUCCAAAGAUGGUGAAAUUCAUAAAGAAGAUAUUGAAAAGUUGAGUGCAGCAUCUCGAAGCUCGCUGGACAGUACUAGUACCAGCAGCUCAAGCAUUAAUCCUAAUCUUACCACUCCAAAUAGCUCUGUUGGCAGUGCCGCUACUGCUCUAGCUGCUACAGAUCCAGGAGAACUUGGAGUUGGUGGUGUCCCCAACCGUUUUCUUGGGAUCACGCCUGCUUAUUUGUGGCAAACUCAGCUUCAACAAACACCAUUAUCUGUGGACAUGACAGAGUAUCGCAUGUCUCUCUCUCGGGAGAUAGAGACUCGAUUGAAGGUGAAAUGCGAUAAGUUAGCAGAUGCCUUUGAACUGGAUGACAUUGAUUCUUCACCAUCAGGAAGUCCAAGUACAAGGCUUCCAGAAAGGGUGAAAUUGUUGAUUGAGGAGAUUGAAAGAGAAGAAACAGCACUAAGGGACGACCUUUAUUCUGCAGAUAGAAAAUUUGCUGAAUAUUAUAAUGUCUUGGAGCAGAUACUUGGAGUGCUUAUUAAACUAGUUAAAGAUUUGAAGUUGCAGCAUCAACAUAAAUACGAUGAGCUGCAGAAGACUUGGCUUUGUAAGAGAUGUGAGACCAUGAGUGCAAAAUUGAGGGUUCUUGAACAUGUUCUUCUGCUUGAAACUUACACUCAGGAUUCUAUUCCCGCCCUUCAUAAGAUAAGGAAGUAUCUUGUGGAGGCUACAGAAGAAGCUUCUAUAGCAUAUAAUAAAGCGGUUACUCGUCUCCGUGAAUACCAAGGUGUCGAUCCUCACUUCGACAACAUUGCAAGGCAAUACCAUGUUAUUGUGAAGAAAUUGGAGAAUAUGAAAUGGACAAUUCAGCAAGUGGAAAUGGACCUGAAACGCUUGCCAGAUAACCCAGGCACCUAGAAUACAAUAUAUGGUACUGUUUAAUUUUGUAUUAGAAAUAUUUCUGUCUACUUGGUAACAGCCAACAAGGUUUGUAAAUGAACAUGAGGCUUUUCUUCUUUCUUUUUUGCUUCUUUCUUUUCUUAUUUUAUCCAAUCCUGGUUUGGCUAGAUAAAUGUUGAUUUAAAUGCCUAGCUCUGAGGCAUUUAAUGAGAUUUCAAUUUUCAUAGGUUUUA